AUGGGGUUGCGGCAAGUCGACAGCUGGUGUAAAAUCUUGUCAAACAGUAUGAACAUUUCUAAAAUCUUGAUGGAUUGUCCCAUCUCGAAAACAGUUGAUGAGAAGUACAAAAGUGAAUGGUAUUUUCAGAUGAUAUUAUUGCUUUGCUAUGAGAAAAAUUUGGAUAAAGUUAACAAUAGGCUGCUAAACUGCUUGAAGAAUGGAGAGUAGCAUCUGAAGGAAAUGGACUAAGGAAGAAAUAUCUAUGAGUAGAACUAUGUAAAAUAUGAGUUAAGAAGAACAAACUAAGACAGCUAACGAUAGCUAGAGGUGGCAUAAUAGCUGAGGUAGCCUUUGAUGAGGAAAAACGUCAAACCGUAACAUGUGGGGCUCCACAAGGGUCAGUUCUAGAGCCACUCUUAUGGAACGUGAUAUACAACGAUCUCCUCAGGGUAGAUUUCAGAGAAACCACAAGGCUUUCGUCGUCAACAUUUGUGGCCUUUGCAAAUAAUGUAGCAGUGGAAACAACAGGCCAUAUAACAUCUAUUCUAGAGGAAAUUAUGAAUCGAAUCUUAGAGUUAGUAUCAAAAUGGAUGGAAGAUAAUGGACUUAAACUACCUAAGAGUUGA